AAAAAUUCAUCACCGCUUUAUGACGAAUUACUUAACUCUUUAGAGGAUGUAGUUGUCUCUGAUUUGUCAUGGAAAGAUUCUAUCGCUAGUCAGAUUAUUAGCGAUGACUCAGAGCUAGUUAAGAAAUUGCCGGAAAAAUUAAAAAGGGUUUUUAUGGAACCAGCUCGUAGGAUGGUACCUAGCCCCUUACCACCAAUUGUUCGAGAAACAUGUAAAGAGUUUGUGUCGGAUUAUGACGAACGACAGAUGGAGGUCUUACCAGGAAAAUUGGAACAUGAUAAAUCUUGGAAAGAAGGGGACGAGAUUCUCGUAGAA